CUUGCUGCAGAUGAGGUGUGUCUAAGUGGGUGUGACUUCAAACUCGUUUCUAAACCAAGCUUGAAUCUCUUUUCAGAGGACUCUCUGCCAUCACACGAUUGCCAUAUUACCUGAACCACCACCAUGCCUGAGACUGCAGAGUCCCACUCCGUGACCCUCACCACUAACCGUAACUGCACCAUCGAGAUCACCAACAUCAGUGCUAUUUACUGUCUCGUCAAUCCAAAGGUUCACAUGGAAAGUGGCUUCCCAUUCAACCCCCCGCAGCCCACUGUGCGCACCACCAAGACCGAGGUGUGCUCCUUCAUCAAGGACGACAACACAGCGACCGGAGCCGCGGGCGUCCUGACCUACGAGCUGUUUAACAUGCGUGACCACCGCUGCAGCGAGCUGAUGGCCAUCAUGUUCUCUGUGCCAUUCGACUACAACUUCUACAAGAACUGGCUGAGCGUGGGCAUCUUCGAGCACACGCGCACCUGCGAUAAGAAGCUGUUUGAUACGAUGUACAAUGGAAAGGAUUUCACCAACUUUUUGCGUCAAGAAGCCAAUGGCUCCGGAAUUGCCUUCCAGGGCAAGGAUCUGGAUGUGAGGGCCUGCAUGUCUGAUAUUGGAAAGGCGAUCGUCAAACUAGAGCUGUAUGACAAAAUGGGCAGAUGAACUGUUUGCAAUGCUGUCAAAAUGAACAGCUCACAUCAUUUGAAAGCAUUAUAGUUGACAUUCCUGAUUGUUUAUUCCUGUCAUUAUGAGUGCUUUAUAAAAAUAAAAGUAAAACAUAACCUUA